CAUUGAAAGUUCACAGACAUCCUUUUUUUUUAAAGAAAACAACCCCUACAACGUCAAGAACCUUGAAAAAUGAAGUUUACAGUCGUUGCGAUGUUCAUAGCGUUUAAUGCGGCGUUAGGCGUCGAGUCGAAGUCCGUUGAGGAGCCCAGCGAAAAACGAACGGGACACAGCUUUCCCAUCAAAAGUGGCGACAAUAUUGCUCUACGGUCGGCCUUCACUCGUGGCCAGUGGUUGAAGUGCACCAGGGCUUCCUGUGUGUGGACCAACUGCCGAAGCAGUAAUAUCGCGGAUCCCACAGGAUCGGCAUCUUGUCCUGAGCGAAUGAUAUUUACUAUUAAAGCCAAGGACGGAGGUGUUAUUAACAGUGGCGAUACUGUGUCACUUAGUCCCAUAAAGUACGGUCCGGAUUUUUUGCUGAGCUGCGACAACUCGACCAGACCCAAGUGCUGCGUGAAACCGACUUCAGACAAGAUGAGAGCUCGAGUCGACUCGCUGACCAUUUCAAAAGCCUUUUUCCAAAUCUAUUCCCGUGAUGCAGAGGAUGGUACUCCGGUGGAAAACCAUAAUGUUGUACGCUUCAAAUACCCAUACAGCUCCAACCGGGCCUGGCUGUCAUUCCAAUCCCCGGACCGUCACUUCUAUCCCCUCCCCUGCAGCAGUAAUAGUAAAAUACCAUGCGCAGAGGAAGACAAAUUCACUGGUUUCGUGAUCUACAAGUUGCGGCGGUGAAGUUCGCUCCAAUUCGGACAGACACCUCAAUCAAAGAUUCAAGCAUAUAAACUGUAGAAGUAGUUUUUUUUUGUUUGUUUUGUUUGUUUUGUUUUUUUGUUUUUUUUUUUGCACCCUGGUCUAGGCCACUGAAACUAAAAGGCUCGGUUUAGAGAAAAUUCACUUUUUGAGGGUUUCUUUUGAAUGGCUCUUAUUUCAAAUUAAAACUGUUGAGGAGUUGAAAAACUGUGUGAUAUAACCUAUGUAUGUCCCCUACGCAUACAUGUGCAUCCAUACUUGAGCCGUUUUCUUCAAUUCCUCCAGAAUAGUCCAGAUUUUGCCGUUUCUUCAAGUCGACAGAGUUAAUGAACUUUCUUAUCAAAACAGGGAAGAGAUUAUAAUCAUAUUCUCUUGAAGGGGUCAAAACAGACGGAAAUAUUUUGACAAAAGCAACGGACAGGUAGUUGUGAAUAAAGAAGCCUGAAUAUCUCGUAAAGAAUAUCUUUUAACACUCGAAUCAGUUUCAUUACAUUGUGAAAUGUCCCUCCUGAAAAAAGACCUGAAAAAACUGAUAGAAGUUUAAAUGCGAAAAAGAAAAAAAUUGGCAUUUCAAUUU